AUGAAAGAGAAGGGUGUCCAGCCUGUCCGGCCGUGGAUGGAAAAGCCUGUGUUUAUUUCAGCCACCAGCGGAACUUUUGAGGCAUAUGUACCUCCUGAAGGAGAUGGAAAAGUGUCUGCCACGUUAGCUGCUGGCGCUAAACAGAAAUUUGAAUUUCUGGAGAAAAAAGGUAAAUCCAUGAUGGCAAUCAGGAAGAUCCGGCAGUUUGAUGAAGAUUUUGAUCCAAAAGUAUUUGCAGAGGAAGCACAGCAGAUAUAUGUUGACAUGCACAAAGCUUUGGCAGAUUUUGAUAAGGUGAAGCUACAUCAAAUGGUGACAGAACGAGCCUUCCCAAUGGUAACAAACCAAGUUCGUAACAAGACGCUGAGAUGGCAGUUUGUUUCAUCUUUAGAACCACCGCGUGUUGUCCAUGCACGGUGCACUGAUGUUAUAAGCAAAGAAAACAUAUUUGCACAAGUGACAGUUCGUUUCCAUACAAAACAGACGUUGGCUGUAUAUGAUCGAUUUGGCCGCCUGCAGCAUGGUUCGGAGGUUGUUGCAAAGGAUGUUUUAGAGUAUGUUGUCUUUGAGAAACACGUGGCCAACACCUACGGUGUCUGGAGAAUCCAUGACAAGAUUAUUCCUGAUUGGAUGCCUCCUCGGCAGCCAAGCUAUAAGACAUACAAGGCAGAAGAACAAACCCCGGAGGAAACAGAAGUAGCUGUAGUAGAGGAGAAAGAGCAGAAAGUAGCAGAAACAGCUGUAGCAUAAGAUAUUAUGAUCUCUUUUUUCACUCUAUAUUUUUUUAUUCACAUUUAGUUAUGUACUUAUAAUUGUUUUGAUAUAAUUUUCUUGUUUAUCACUGCAGAAAGAUUCAUACCUAUUACAUGAAAAAACAUGUUGCUAAGAGUACCAUUAUGGAGAAUCAGGCUUAUUUAUUCCAAAUCAUCAGUCUGUAUAUACCUAGUGAAUGUUUAUUAUUUAGAUUUGAAAUUGUCUUUGUGAUUUAGCACCAGUGGUUGCAAAUGAAGUGAGUUCUUGAAUACAAUUGAUUUGUUAACAUUAUUGUUCAGUAAGGGUUUGGUCAGUUGAUUUCAUGUAUAUAUCAAAGAGAAGAAAAGCUCUUUUGUAUAGGAUAUAGAAAUAAUAAAUUUGUAAAUAAGAUUGUAA